AUGUUAGGGACACUUCCACGGUGCGAACGGGGUCACGUGCCGCGCUUUGUUUCGCUGCCCGCCGAUUUUAGGCGACGAAAAUGCGAGCGGCCAUGCACUACUGUGCUUGUACCAUCUCGUAAUGUCAUUACUGAAACAGACGGCCGGUGGGCCCGCAGUCGAUGUUUUUCCGUGAAUGUGGCUCUGCCUUCUGCUUGUUUUCCUUUUGUUUUUUCCUUUCCCUUUUUUCAAUUGCCUAUUUUUCUACUUGCUUUGCUUUUUCCUCACGCUUCUUCCGCCUCAAGUCGCUGCCUCAGUCGGGGCGGGCCAGAUGUUCAUGAGGGGCGGAGAUUGCUGCGGGUGCGCGCGCAGGAAAGGCGCCGCGGCAGCUCGAACCGGACUUCUAGUGUCACCCAUUUUGUAGUUGGCAGCGAGGAUAAUGUCUUCCAGCUGUAUGUUCACGGAAAGCUGUUUCCAAACCCUUCUUUUUCUCUUUUUUUUUUUUUAGUGCUUUUGCGUCGUAUGCCACAUAUGCCAGUGAGAUGGAAUGGACGUUGCUCCGGUUAUGCGUCAAGACGCCAUAAGGCGUUCGCAUUGUCUGCAAGAAGGCCUGCAUCGAUCGGCGGUGACAGACGCAGACAUCAAUUUACGAACGCUUCAGAUGAAACGGCACCCAACCGUUGA